AUGAUGAUGAUAAUAGGAGGUGGGGUUGAGAAUCGAUCGAUUGUGAAAUUCUCGAUCGAAGUUUUUGAUUAUCGCUUUGCCAAUGUCUUCAACGAAGCCAUCAAAAGCCUCGAAUUCGAGAUCAAAAGCGUCGAAGAUGUGAAGAAAAUGCAAUGGGAAACGCUGGAAGGAGAGAUCACGACGUUGAUCAAAGUCGUGAAGCACUGCGCCUCCGUGCUCUUCCCCGGCGAACGCAAGCUCUGCGAUUCCAUCUUCUCCGAGAAUGCAUCCAUCGCCGUCUACCUCUUCAGCAACCUCGCACGCGCCGUCGUCAUCCAACUCCUCAACUUCGUCGACGCGGUGGUUCAAACCAAUCGAUCGGCGGAGAAGCUUUUCAAAUACCUAGACAUGUACGAAGCUCUCCGAGAUGUGAUUCCAGACAUCAACAAAUCGUGCUCCGACGAACUCGCAGCCGAAAUCUCCACCUCCGGCGAUCGGAUCGGAGAAGCCGCCGUCCACAUCUUCUGCGAUCUCGAAAACUCCAUCAAAGGAGACGCCGCGAAAACUCCGGUAGCCGGUGGCGCAGUUCACCCCCUCACCCGCUACGUCAUGAACUAUCUAAAAUACGCGUGUGAGUACAAAGUCACACUAGAACAAAUCUUCCAGAAGAACAAGGCACUCGUUCCAUCAAUCAAACAUGAGAGAGAAAGCCCAAGCCACAAUCAGACGGGUGAAAACUCAUCAUCAUCACCGUUCGCUACACAGCUAAUGACCGUGAUUGAUCUCCUGGAUCUAAACCUCGAAACAAAAUCGAAACUGUACAAAGACCCAUCUCUCCGAUUCAUAUUCCUGAUGAACAAUGGCAGAUACAUAAUGCAGAAGAUCAAAGCAGCAAGUGAGAUCCUCCAAUCGAUGGACGACACGUGGUACCGAAUUCGAUCGAGCGAUGUGAGGCAAUACCACAAGAACUACCAGAGAGAAACUUGGGGAAAAGUUCUACAGUGUUUGGGGCACGAAGGAUUGCAAGUGAAUGGGAAGGUUCACAAACCGGCAUUGAAAGAGAGAUUCAAAAAUUUCAGUGCCAUGUUUGAUGAGAUUCAAAAGACGCAGAGCACAUGGGUUGUGAGUGACGAACAGCUUCAGUCGGAGCUCAGGGUGUCCAUCUCAGCGGUGGUGAUUCCGGCGUACCGGUCUUUUUUCGGCAGGUUCAGGCAAUACUUGGAUUCAGGGAGACAAGGGGAGAAGUAUGUAAAGUAUCAACCUGAAGAUAUUGAGACCAUGAUUGAGGGACUCUUUGAUGGGAAUGCUAGUUCAAUUGGUAGGAAAAAAAAUUAGAGGUACUCAUAUCAUUUUUAAUGAUCAAAAUCAAUAUCAAUUUUUAAUUUACUACACUAAAAAAAACAAUUACUAUAUUUUGAUUAUCUCAAUAUAAUGGUGGCACAAUUAAGUUUUAUAUUAUCGCCAUAUUGAACUAGAUGGAUAGAACCUUUUUUAAUAAAUUAGUAUCAAGGUUUUUAGAAUUUUGUGCACACAAUAUAUUUUUUUAAUUUAUUUAUUUUUUAAAUGUUUGAAUACCUAACAAUGUUGAUAUAUAUAUGUUGUUGUGAAAGAUAAUUUCAUUUGCUUAUUGGGCUCAAUCGAGACACGUGAUUAGAUAAAGUAGUGUUUUAAAAAAUUGAUAAAAAUUAAUUUUUUAAUUUUUUUGAUAAUUU